UGGAUAGCCUCCUCCUCCUUUUCUCUCCAACCUGGUGGCUCAGGUUUGUCUCACCUUAUUUCGGAAGCACGGAAGAUCAGAAGUCAGCAGGAACAGCGUGCAGCUGUGAAAACUGAUUCCCACCAAACAAAUCCCCCCUCAGGCCUCUGCCGCCUGACACCAUGAAUAUCUCACUUGAGAACCCCUAUGGUGAUGUCACCAUCCCUCGUGCCAAGUUGCGGGAUGAGGGUGACUCCAGCACCAUCAUCAUGAACCCAAUGGCGUUAGAGAGCGCCUAUAACAACCGUAAUUCCGCCUCAAACCCCUACAGCAGCUUCAAAACUCCAGGGGAGAUCAACACCUCGGGUGUCCCGGUUUACGGAGAGGCCAGGAACGGCAGCCAGAACCCCCCUCCUUACAACAACCAGCCAGGAUACACGGUGAAGGAAAGCGACGAGCAGGUGGGACGCUGCUACGCCUGUUGCUGCCCCUGCCGGAGGAGGAAGUAAGACCAGAUGAUGUUACCCUGUGGGUUAACAGUUAGGAACCAUCAUUCAGCCUCCCAAAUUUUGAAAGCCAAAUGCCAUAUAGUUCUAAAAUGACUGGAUUUUAUGGAACCUUAGCCCUGGAGACCAUACUGUGGUUUGGACAAAACAAGAGCUGACCUUCUGUGACUGCACCGAAACCUGUUAUAUUAAAUAUUUACUUUUGGAUUA